UCUGUUGCGUGAAUUUCCGGUUACUUUUCGCUCGCGGGACAUGACUGCACUUUUCGUCCAAAAAGGUUUACUGCUAGCUUGCUCAAGUCAAUCUGAUUAAAGAGUCCGUUAGGGAAACAACUUCAUGCAGAAAUGAAUUCCUUGGCGCGGAAAAGGCUCUACGAUAAGCUACCUGUGUGGAUAGUGGAGGACCACCACCAUGUGGUCCAUCACAUCUAUCGAGCCAUUGCAUCAAGACAUCUUCCACUCAACAACAUCAGACUGGUUCAUUUAGACUCCCAUCCUGACCUUCUUAUCCCUGUCAACAUGCCUGCUGACACAGUGUUUGAUAAGGAGAAACUCCUCAGUGAGCUGAGUAUAGAAAACUGGAUAAUGCCUAUGGUGUAUGCUGGUCAUCUGAGCUACAUGGUCUGGCUGCAUCCUUACUGGUCUCAACAGAUCAGUGAAGGAGAGCACACAUUUAAUGUUGGCAGAGACUCAUCUACCACAACCAUCAGGUUGACCAGUACAGAGAACUACUUCCUCAGUGAUGGUCUGUAUGUUUGUGACGAGCUGUUGGAGAACUCAAAACGUCUCAGACUGAACAUAGUCAAAGUAAAUCCUGUCAAAACAUCAACUGGGCCACUUCCAGGGCAUGACACAGAGAGGGAUUCUGUGACACAUUUAUCCAAAAAAGCUCGGACAGAUCUGAGUGAGGAUGGGGAGCCUUCAUCUGGAACAACUUCUACACUGCUGCCAACAGAGGACAGCGACUUACAGAGAAAACUGAGCAGCAAUUGCACAGAUUUUGGAGCUGAAGAUAAAAAUGAAGGAUCAACUAGUUAUGUUGUUGGGAGAUUAGCUACAUUUCUCAGUGAAACAGAUUCAUACGUCCUAGACAUUGAUUUGGAUUUCUUCUCCUGUAAAAACCCAUUUAAAGAAAUAUACACGCAGGAAGAGUAUUCCAUCCUCAAGAAGCUCUACUACUUCAGAGAACCAAGGAUGGGUGCUGAUCAGGCAGAGCUGGAGGAGUGUGUAGAUCGCCGUAUACAUCAGUUAGAGGACCUGGAGGCGGCAUUCGCUGAUCUGCUGGAAGAUGACGGAGAACAGACGGUUACACGAUGGGCAUCUAAACCAGGCAUGUCUUCAUUAGCCCAACUGGUUUCCAGUUUGAAGGCAAGAAAUCCUUCACCUGACUAUGAAAUGGUUCACCAAGCAGGCCUGACCUGUGACUCGGUUGAGCUGCCGCACCACAUCAGUACCGAGGAGGAGAUUGAUGGACUGAUUUCUGCUGUGCAGCUUGUCCUGAAAGCUCUGCCCAUGCCGACUCUGGUGACUAUGUCAAGGUCUAGUCUAGAUGAAUACUGCCCAGCUGAGCAGGUGGAUUCAGUUCAAAGUAGAGUUCUGGAUGUACUAGAGGCAUUGUAUGGUGACCUUGAUGUGCAUAAAGACUACAAAAGCAGCAAUAAAGAUGCUAAGGACUGCCAGCCAAGCACAUCUUAAACUGCCACACAAACAAUUUAUCAUGAAUGUUUUAACAACUCAAACAAAUUUGGCUCAGAGUGAAAAAAAGAGUUACCGUGAAUUGUCCGUUUCAAACUUUUUGUACUUUUUCCAGUUUUGGUCAUUUUGUCCCCAAGAUUGGGGAAUAAAAAUUGCUGUCUUUAAGUGACGUUUUGUACCGUCUUCAACAACUGUUGAUUUAAAGAAAUGUGAUUGUAUGAGCCCAAUAAAUAGAAUUGAUUUGA